AUGGCUGACACAACAGGCGAUGAGGAUCGCGAGGUAUUAUCGCACCGCCUCAAGGCCGCGCUGUGGUACGCCGUCGGUCAGAUUGUCGAUGAGCAGUCACUCAUCCGCAACCGCAAUGCCACGCCGCAAUUUAUUGGCGCCCUCACAGAGCUCGUCUGGGCCCAGAUAGGCCGGGCGUUAGAAAAUGUGGCCACCGACUUGGAGACGUUUAGCAACCACGCAGGUCGUACAACCGUGACGACAGAUGAUGUCCUCCUGCUCGCUAGAAAGAAUCCCGAUCUUCACCAGAUUAUGAAGGAUUUUAUUGAUCAGGCCAAGGCGGAUAAGGAGGCAGCCAAGGGGAGAGGGAGCACAAGCAAAGGAAGAAGAUAG